AUGCCUACAGUAGAUGAAUGUGUGUGCUGUUGCGAGUAUGACAACAUUGAAAGGAAACUGGAAGAAAGUGUAACAUCAUGCAAGUGUAUCACAGAGCACGAAGGAUUUGAACCAGUCUGCCUGAAUGUGUGGGUCCUUCAAACAGCGUACUUUCAAUAUCGGCAGGAGCAUGGUCAUGAUGAUGAAGAUGAAACUCCACAGGAGAGAUACAGGUAUAUUGCAUACCGUCAGUUUGUAAGAUGGUGCUGGGAGUGGCUGGGAAAAAGAAUUAGAGUUGUUUUGCCCAGUUGUGCUGUCACCAAGAUUAGACAUGCAUUCCCGUCUACAGCUGCUUAUGUUGGGUUUAGGUACCCACCAACAUAG